UUGUAAAUUUGCGACUCACUCACUGCAAAAGUUGUAAAACAAAAAAAAAAACGCAUAUAAAAAAACGCAAUUUGUUAAAUUGCAAAUGCCAUUCGGCAAACAGAAAUGAAAGCAAUAUCAAAAAACUAAAGCAAUUAUCAAGUGUUCAUCUGACAAUUAUAGUAUAAAUUGUGGGUGGAAGAAAAACAAACAAACACAACAAGGAAAAAAUCGGACCUUUUGUUUUUGUUUGUUUCAAAUUUCUCUACGAUUUGUUAUUUGUUACGCUUAGUGAGUGGGCGGUGGUUAGAUAUAAGUAGUAUUAGUAGUCGGACGUGAAUUCAACACAAUGUCUGGCGCAAAUAAUUUAUUCGCGAUAACAAUAAUUACAUUCUACGCCGUUCUACUGCAAACAGUUACCAGUUCAUAUACUGUACAAAUAACUGCACCCGAUCAGGCCCUAGUUGGGGCCAAAGUUAAUCUAAGUGCCACUCUCUUAGAUGAUGGAAAGCCGCCCAAUCACUCUAAAUCAUAUAAAUUCACCUGGAAGGAUGGCUUGGGACACGAAAAGGCAAUUGAAACGGAGAAUUACACGUGCAAUUGGACAGUGGAGUAUACUGAAGAGCAUUUAAAGCCCGGCGUACUUAAACUAGAAGUGGAGGUAUCGGAAUUUGUUGUGCUCACCUGGUUCACAUUGACGAGAAGUGAAAAGAGCAUUAAGCUGGUCAAUACAUUAAGUGGACAAUUGCAAUUAAUACAGAAUAAUACAGUGCGUCCGUUGGAUUUUGUGUCUACACAGGAUGCAGUUGAUCAUAAUAUUGCACUGUGGCCAGCUGAUUUAGAGUAUUUAAAGGAGAAUGGUUAUUAUUAUAUACAGACAUAUUGGUUCCAAAAUUGUACAUAUCUUGGCAUGUCCAAUGCUUAUGAUUAUAAAGCAAUAUAUCCAAAUCCGGAGCAAUAUUAUGACAUUGAAGUAUUGGUAGUUGCAUCAAAGACAGCGCCACCAGAGCCAACUACCUCUACAACAACAACAACAACAACAACAACGACUACAACAACAACUACGACGACGACGACUACAACUACCACAACACCUGCAACCACAACCACCACCACUACAUCCACCACUACAAAGCCAACAACAACAACUACUCCAAAGACCAAUACUACUACUCCGAUUACAACAACUACUCCUGCACCCAAGGCAAAUCUUCGUUCCAGGCGUGAUCUUAAUGAAACUAUGCACGCAAAUGCUGCAAUUCUUGGUCUUAACCUUGCUAAUGCCAUUAAACAGCAACAACAAAUGGAUAGAAUAAGCCAAAAGAAUCGAAACAAUAACAUAUCCUUGGCAUUGGUCAAUCCAUUGGGUGUCCGCAGGAUAACGCAUCUAAUUAACCAGCCAGACGAUGUUGUUCCCUACAAUUGUGCAAACAAGAGCAUCGUGGCACAGGACACAAAUAAACUCUAUGGCUACUUUCAACGACGCAUUAUAUCCAAAAAUCCUGUCUCAGGCUUUACUACAAGUGGCAAGAACUGGCUACAGCAUUGGGAACUAUUGAGUCUGGAGGUCGCUUGCAAGGGCUCUCCACCGUUUGACAUAUGCAUACAGGUUUAUAGUGCUCCGUAUAAUGCCACAGGCAAUGAGACAUGCAAUUUUUAUAAUAAGCAUGAUAGCUGCUCUUUCAAUUACAAUCGUUACUUCUCGGAAAGCAAAACGAUUCUUUUCUUCAUACGCAACCAAGUAUCCGAGAAGGUUAAUCAAGUUACCAUUAACCUAUAUGAAGCUAAGCGACAAUCGCAACUUUCAGUGGUUGUUGUUCCAAUCGCCUGUACUUUAAUGGCCGUCAUUUUGGUUAUAUUCGGUGUGGCUUAUUAUAUACAAAGCCGUAAUCGUUUCACUGUGGAGGUGGCUGACUUCAAUUUCGGUGAUACUCAAUCGGUGGACUUGGAGUAUAAGACAUUCCAACAGCGUCUGAUUGAUAGCCUGCGCGAUGCCUGGCCAUGGCCCAGGUCACGCAGAUAUUCUCAGUCUAGCUCCGAUCUCAUGACUGCAGAGGAGCAGCCAUCACAUUCGAGACCCGCUGGUAGUGGAAAUAUUGGAGAUGUGGAUAAUAAUUUACGCUACAACACACUCAACUGAAAUUGAAAGUUGAUAUUGCUGUGAAAAUGGGAAUAUUGUUACCUAACGAAUUAAUUAAUCGAUUUAAUUUAAAUAUUUUAUUGUCAUUAAGUUAUUCUUUUGUUAUUUGUAUUUGUAUCAUUAUUGAAAUGCACCAUCUUUGUGUGUGUUA